AUGGCUACAUCAGUCUCAGCUGCUAAAACGUUUUUUGAUUUAUUUGAUCGAAAACCAGUUAUCGACAAUACAUCUACUGAAGGACAAGAAUUGAUUGAUUUUCGUGGUGAGAUAAAAUUUGAUCAAGUCAAAUUUACCUAUCCAACUCGACCAACAUCUAUUAUUCUUAACAAAUUUCAAUUGAAUAUUAGACCAAGUCAACGUGUGGCUAUUGUUGGUAUGUUUGAAUUAAAUAUUUCUUUUAAAUUUUGUUUACGUAAUAUGAGUCGUACAGGGGCAUCUGGGUAUGGAAAAUCAACAAUUAUUCAACUUUUGGAACGAUUCUACAAUGUUACAAGUGGUCGACUACUUCUUGAUGACAUCGAUAUUCAACAAUUGAACCUUCAGUGGGUUCGCUCUCAAUUUGGUCUUGUCAGUCAAGAACCAAUCUUGUUCGAUUUAACAAUUGCUGAAAAUAUAGCAUAUGGUUUAGAAAAUGUUUCAAUGGAAGAUAUUAUCCACGCAGCAAAUAGAGCUAAUAUUCAUCAAUUUAUUGAGCAAUUGCCUCAGGGUUAUGAAACAAAAGUAGGAUUGAAAGGCAGUUUUCUGUCGGGUGGUGAGAAGCAACGUAUUGCUAUUGCUCGAGUUCUUGUUCGUCGACCUACAGUAUUGCUCUUAGAUGAAGCUACAAGUGCCAUGGAUUCACACAAUGAACAAAUUGUACAAGAAGCUCUCGAACAAGCUCAAACCGAAAAUCCUAGUCGAACAUCACUUAUUAUUGCUCAUCGUCUUUCAACUAUUCGUUCAUGUGAUUUGAUUUGCGUACUGGAUAGAGGACAUAUAGUGGAAAGUGGUACUCAUACGGAAUUGGCACAACGACGUGGAGCAUAUUGUAGAAUGCUUGCUCAAAACAAUUUAUAA